AUGGCGAGAAGUAAAGUCAAAAAAGUUAAACCGAGAAAAAAGAAGCCCAUAAAAUUGGAUAAGCAAUUCAACUGCCCCUUUUGCAGCUACAAGAAAUCGGUCGACAUUAAGCUGCACAGGUCCAAAGGAAUCGGCGAACUGACUUGCCUCAAAUGUGGAGUCAAGUACGCAAAUCAGAUUACCAGCCUGGAUGAAUGCAUUGACGUGUACAGCGAGUGGGUUGACAAGUGUUUAGAUGCUAACAAGAAAGGAUGUAACGAGCUUUUUUUUAAUGAUGAGUUGGCAGCCCUAAAUAAUUUGGAUGACUAG